AUGUCAAUCUACGAAGAUAUUAUUAGAUCACAAGGUAAUUUUGGAGGAAAAAAAGGACCCUUUGCCUACUUGGCUGACAAGAAAAAGAAGAAACCAACCAAGGAGAUAAAGUUUGAAAAUUGGCUUGCUUACAGUGUUACAGUGACGUCGGCAGAAUUGUUCAAGGCCACAGACAGCAAUGGUCUCUCUGAUCCAUACGUCAGAGUUGGAAAGGUUGGAAAUGAUGGUCUCUUUUCUAAAAAAUGGGUACUCCAAACACCUGCCAUACCUAAGAUCCAAAGGACCACAAGAUUUUCUUCUACUUCUAUUUAA